CGCACGUGACGCCGCUGUGUCGUCGCCGCUACGAUAUUAAAGUGGCAUUGCUGCCCAUGUUCCGGUACCAGUGGUGGCAAAUCCAGCUUGCCAUUGAUAUGUCUGGUGCCACGUGACGAGGGCAAGGGAGCCGUGGGCAAGUCCGGCGCUCCCAGCAAGCCGUACUCCGCCGCCGCCAUGAACGCCCCGGGUGGUUUUCAACUCCUAGAUGAAGAAUAUGUCAAGAAGAACUUCAAGUUACCCCAGCGCGCUUUAUAUUUAGAUCCAUUCAGGCGUCCUCUGAUAACAUUUCCAAUGACACAAGAGGAUGUAAAGAACUUCAACCUGGCCCGCAAGUACAAGAUAAAUCAACAGAUUUUAGACGGAACAUUAGACGGCAGUGAGGCUAUAUCUGCUCCGAGUGUUUUCCCAUAUGCAAAAACGGAAGCCGAGAAAAGAAAGGAAGCUGAGGACGAUGAAGAAAUUAUAUACAUUUUACAAUUGCCUGAUUGGCAAUACCAGUGCCCAGUUCAUAAAGAGACUAUAUCAACGCCACGGUUCAUUUGGCAUUCUUGUAAGAAGACGAAGAAAGAGAAGAAAGGCGAACUCAAACAAGGUGGAGGUCCUCUCAACAAACCUAAGCCGUGGCUGCUCAGUAGACAUACAGAUUUCGAUUUGUUGUCCCAGUGGUAA